AUGCCAGCAAUUUACUGUAUUGUGAGCAAACUGUUUGAAGCACAUGUUAAGACUGAUAAGGCUUGUAUGUUGCCAUUUGUCGAGAUUGGUGUUGCAAUAAGUUUUUGGACAUGGAAUAUACUGAAAUUAGGAAUUGCAAGUGGAGCAGUUUAUGUUACAGUAGAUCAAGGAAUAUGGUCAGACAACAAAACUUCAGCAAAAACAUUACAAGUUCUGCAAAGUUAUUAUGAAAUGAUACCAGGAAUUAAUUCGAAUAUACUGAAAUUAGGAAUUGCAAGUGGAGCAGUUUAUGUUACAGUAGAUCAAGGAAUAUGGUCAGACAACAAAACUUCAGCAAAAACAUUACAAGUUCUGCAAAGUUAUUAUGAAAUGAUACCAGGAAUUAAUUCGUAUAAGCUUGAGCUUUUUAAAAAGAAUGAAUUCAGUCAGAAAACUGUAGAAUAUUGGAAUUCAGGUGUAAAGUAUUGCUUCUCAGCAUUAGCUCAAUUACCAACAACCAUUUGCAGUGGUAUACAGGCUGGUGUAACUAUGUCUAAAGAGUUUAUUCAAGAUGGAAAAUCUAAAUAAUAAUAAAAUAAUAAUAGAACUAAAAUUAUUAUUAAUUAAAUUAAGAUGUUGAUUGUUUAUAUAAUGAUAAUAGAUCGUACUAUGUUAAAUUUGAAAAAUAUA